UUACGAAGUUUGAGCUCCACGUAUGAAGCUGCAGCCGCCGGUGAGCCGACACUGGGAAGAUGGCUGCGGUGGAGCGUCCGCCCGUGAAGGAGGGAGUGCGGAUCGCUCUCCUGUGCCUGUGCUGGUACACCGUCAGCUCCGGCGGGAACGUCAUUAACAAGAUCAUCCUGAACAGCUUCCCGUACCCGGUCACCGUUUCUCUCUUCCACAUCAUGUCUAUCGUCCUGUUUCUGCCGCCGCUGCUGCGAGCCUGGGGAGUCCCUAAGUCUGAAGUACCUGGGAGAUACUACCGGUGGUACAUCCUUCCGCUCGCUUUCGGGAAAUAUUUUGCCUCUGUUUCGGCUCACUUCAGCAUAUGGAAGGUGCCCGUGUCCUACGCUCACACUGUGAAAGCCACCAUGCCAAUAUGGGUUGUGUUGUUGUCACGGAUAAUUAUGAAAGAGAAGCAAACCACAAAGGUCUAUGUGUCCCUUAUACCGAUCAUAGGUGGGGUCUUAUUGGCUACAGUAACCGAACUCUCUUUUGAUGUCUUGGGACUAGUUAGUGCUCUGGCAGCUACACUUUGCUUUUCAUUGCAAAACAUAUUUUCAAAAAAGGUUUUGCGUGACACAAAAGUCCACCACCUGCGUCUUCUCAACAUCCUUGGCUUCAAUGCAGUUCUGUUCAUGCUUCCCACGUGGAUUUUAGUUGACUUAUCUUCAUUUCUAGUCGACGGAGACUUGUCUGAGGUUUCCAACUGGACUGGAACAUUAGUGCUGCUUGUCAUCAGUGGCUUCUGCAACUUUGCACAAAACAUGAUUGCCUUUAGUGUGUUAAAUCUGGUCAGUCCACUUAGUUAUGCGGUUGCCAAUGCAACCAAAAGAAUCAUGGUCAUCACUAUAUCUUUACUGAUGCUGAGAAACCCAGUCAACCUCUCAAACAUCAUGGGAAUGUUGACAGCCAUCCUGGGUGUCUUUCUGUACAAUAAGGCGAAAUACGAUGCUAACCAGGAGGCCAAGAAGAAACUUCUCCCAGUCUCUGAACAGGAUAUGAUUUCAUUCGACAAACCCCAGUCCAAUGGCUCAGCGUCCUUCAAACAAGUCUCAGACUUUCAAUAUGGCCGGAGUAACGUUCUCAGUGACCACUUUCAGUACAGCCGACAGGCCUACACGAUGAACUACGGCUCCAAUCAGUAUGUUGUAUAAGCUGAAAAACUGAUUAACAAACCUAUUUGAAGGUGAAAUGAGACUUUGUUUUGUGUAGACCUGAAGUAUUGGGGGAAGUAUUUCCCUUCACAUUUCAGGUUUUCUGGGCCAUGUCCUCAUAUUUAUUUCACUCCUGUUGGUUUUGUUUUUAAACGGCGAAUAUUUAAAAAGGAGAGAAGUUUAUUUGAACCAUGUUGGAAUACUUUUAAGUAGAGCAGUGGAUUAGUCCAAAUCAAGGUUUUUGUUUUGCACCAGAACAUUUCAGCAUUAUAAUUAUUAAUUUAUAAUGUCUACUGUCACAAUACUACAAAUCUAUAAGUGGAAUAUCAAGUGAUUGUUGCUCUCAGAGUCCCUUGGAAGAAACAACAGGGAUGUCAGAAGUUGGAAAAUUUUAAUAACUGCCACACACUGGGACUUCAUGCAUUGUCAUUUAAACUUCCUGAUCGUUUUUUUGAAUUCCAAGAUUGGAAUGUUGCUUGUAGUUUGUAAAUAUUUUCAUGUAUUUAUUUUAUAGUUUUUUUUUGAAGUUCUGAGCAAGGCAUAAUCUUGGUUUUAUCAUGAGUGGAAACCUUUAUGAAUGUGUAAUCUUUUUCCCAUGCUCUUUUGUUUAAUCUAGGGAUGCACCGAUGUGGGAAUUCUGGGCUGAUGCAGAUAUCCGAUAUUACAUAUGUACACACCCUGGUUUAAUUUAAUAACUUUAAAACUAAUAAAGAAAUGACUUUAAAGUUUGCCUAAAUCAAUGGAUAUUAAAGUAACACAAACAGUGUCAGUGUUAUUGUAGUAGUGCUGUCCUUUUCUGGCAUACAAUAAAUAUGUCUGCAAAUUUUGUUGUGAAAUAUUGGGCAUACAGAUGUAAUUCCGAUAUCAUCCUGCAUCCCUAGUUUAAUCGGUACUUUCUUGAUGAUCAGUGUUUAACGGUUGGUCUUAGGCCAUUAUCCAGACCCACAUGAAUCAUGGUGUAGUUUGAUUUUGAUGUCAUUAUUCAGGUGGGCUUUAGGUUAUGUAGGGUAAAUGUUUUUUUUUACUGUGUUUUUGAGCCAAAACCAAGUGAUGCUGAUUUGCUGUGCACAUUUUAAAAACAAAAACAUUUUUGUAGCAAUAUAAUUUUUACAUGCUCAGCCCAGACUACUCCUUGAUCGAAUGGACACAACCCCUCAGUAUCAAGUUUGUUUUUCAGAGAAUGUGAUUCAGGUUUCUUCACAAGAAACAUUUUGAAAUGUUUUCCUGUUUUAACCCACUGUCAAAGGAGCAUUCUGGUCUAAAACUGUCAAUUUGUUUCACAGCUUUGCAACUCGAUCAGCUCAUCAGCCUCAUCUGGUUGCCAGAAUGAACUAAUUAGUAGAUUUUCGUGUUAUCAUUCAUCAGUGUUCCCAUUAAACUACCCAGUACACAUUACAUAACAUAGUCAUACAGCCAAAGGGAGUUUCCACAAAUUUCUAAAUACGUUUUAACUAUCAGCCACUUGUACUCCAAAAUAUAGAUGUCAUAUUGGGCUCUCUAGGAGCAACUUCCUCCUGCUUUAACCAGCUAGCAGAAGGAAAACAAAACAUUUCAAAUGCUGCUUUACGGUGUCCAACAAUUAUUAUACAUUUAGAGGUUUUAAAAAGUUACUCCUAUCUUCAUGAUUCAUUAUCAGAAGGGGGUUCCUCAUCUUUACACCUAAAAUCUCUACCGAGGCACCAAUGUAGAAGUUUAGUAGGCAUGUGUAGAAUAGAUUUAAUUUUAACUGGAGCUGUUCCUUAAGUUUCUUUGGUUAUUUAAGAGUAAAAUACUGUGUGGGUUACAGCUAAACAAUUCCCACAAAUGAGUUGGUGUCUAGAACCAGAGCCAAUGGUGUGAAGUUCAUUCAGACAAGUCUGUUAGACAUAAAGAAUUGUGAAUAUUUGUAUAUUUUGUUUGUUUUUUUCUUUCUUUUGUUUUAGAAACUACUGGCAAUAUCUACUGUUUAAAUUGCUUGCCUCAGAACGUUGCCUGUCUAUCAUGGCCUUGUGAUGAAAGGUGCAAUCCAGGAACUGUCCUGUAGUCAAUUAGCUUGUCAUUUGUGUUUAACAGAUGAUUUUAUUCAUUACACAUUUUAUAAUUUUGCUGUUUUUAAA